UUCUAUUUGCUAUUUCUAGAAGUAUUUAUAGUGACUCAUACAAAGCUUGAAUAAGUUUGUUGCGUGGAUGGUUGGAAACACAUGCAAAUUUAUUAAACAAACUUAAUAUUCUUAGCGUUUUCAGUCGUCGCAAUAUAAAAGAUCAUGGGGGUGUGGUAAACUACAUCAUGAAACGUCAUAGGUGUGUUUGCCACUAUAUCAUGAAUUUGCGUUACUCAUUAUAAAAAAGUAGAUCAAAUUUGAGACUAUAAGUAGGGAAUUCAUCAAGCUUAUGCUAACUGUUCAAAAGUCGAUCAGCGUGAUAUUCCAUUAGCACAUGAUAAAUGACUUACAAGCACAGAUGUUUGGAUCAGAAAAUGUUAUUUGCAACUUACUAAAAUUUAACAAAAUGACUAUUUUCUGUGGUUCUGUGGUCAUUUGAUGAAUGACGUGUUUUGUUGUAAUCUUGGCAACAACCAUCAAUAAUAUAAAGACUGUUUUUAGAUUUACCCAGCUUAUUAGGAGUGCUAAUACAUUUGUAGAUGUAUAGCUACACGACACUCAAUUUGCGAUUUUCUACUAAAAAUUAUAUUUUCCAGUUUGGUCGAUGCGCAACUUGAUAAUUAAUAAUCAAAAUAACCAUCUCGAGAGCUCCGAUCAACCAUAUAAAAGAACGUUUCUUACCUUGCAGCCGGUCCAGUUUGAUAACGAUCGGAUCGAGGACUGUCACGAGUGUUGUAUAGAUCUGAAAUUAAAAAUUAAGUGUAAUUGGCUAUUGCCAUAUGUACAUUAACGCUAACAUGGAUACACUUACGGAUUGUGAACAUACCGACCACGAAGAUGUGACUCACGGAGACAAUAACAAUGGUAUCCCAGCGAAACAGCGUGAAGCCUUCGUUAAGUUGCUAGCAAAUUUUAUAAGACAACGUGAUACUGACAAAAAGCAAGCUGAAGAUCUACUCUUCGACAUGUUUAAAAAUGAAGACACUAAUCUGCUCAAUAUUGGAAAGUUUCUGGCGGCGCUGCGCACCACUGGCAUUCGUCGUACCGAUCCUCGCAUUGGGGAAAUGAUGGAGAAUCUGAAAAAGGUUCACAAGUUGAACAAUUACGACGGUGGUUCUCCGUUGACACAACAUCUCAAUGCGGAAACCUUCAAGGCGGUUAUAUCACCAAACAUUGUACUCAUUGCUCGUGCAUUCCGGCACCAGUUUGUGAUUCCAGAUUUUCAUGGAUUCACAAAGGACCUCGAAGAAAUCUAUUGGAAAUGUAAAAGUAACACCGACGGCAAAGUGGCAAGCUACAUUCCGCAACUGGCACGUGUUAAUCCUGACUAUUGGGGUGUCAGCAUCUGCACGGUGGAUGGUCAGAGAUUCUCGAUCGGUGACUCGUGUGUUCCCUUCACACUACAGAGCUGCAGCAAACCUUUGACAUACGCAAUUGCCUUGGAAAAGCUUGGGUCGGAUGUGGUUCACCAGUAUGUUGGACAGGAACCGAGUGGAAGAAAUUUUAACGAACUGGUACUAGACUACAAUAAGAAACCUCACAACCCGAUGAUCAAUGCUGGAUCUAUACUGACUUGUUCUUUGUUGAAGACAUUAGUUCACCCUGAGAUGACGCUUGCUGAGAAAUUUGAUUAUACUCAAACUUGGUUUAGUCGAAUGGCAGGAGGUGAACCGUUAGGUUUCAACAAUGCAGUAUUUCUAUCGGAACGGGAAGCAGCCGAUCGAAAUUAUGCACUAGGAUUCUACAUGCGCGAACAUAAAUGCUACCCUGAUAAGGCCAAUUUACGUGAAUGUAUGGAUUUCUAUUUUCAAUGCUGUUCGAUGGAAGCAACGUGUGAAACUCUGUCGAUAGUCGCUUCCACAUUGGCUAAUGGCGGGAUCUGUCCACUGACGGAGGAAAAAGUCCUACAAUCGGAAAAUGUACGAGAUGUUCUUUCACUGAUGCAUUCUUGUGGAAUGUAUGACUUUUCUGGUCAGUUUGCUUUUAAGGUUGGCCUACCAGCGAAAUCAGGCGUUUGCGGUGGCGUUAUGCUGGUCAUCCCGAAUGUUAUGGGCAUUUUCAUGUGGUCUCCUCCAUUAGAUCCGCUGGGGAAUAGUUGCCGCGGAGUUCAGUUCUGUGAGGAACUAGUGAAUAUUUUCAAUUUUCAUCUGUACGACAAUCUAAAACAUGGUUCAAAUAAGAAAGAUCCGCGCCGCCAUCGUUACGAAACUAAAGGACUGUCGGUAGUAAAUUUGUUGUUCUCGGCUGCAAGUGGCGAUGUAACUGCUCUGCGAAGGCACAAGCUAUCCGGAAUGGAUAUCACGUUGUCCGACUACGAUGGAAGAACGGCGUUACAUUUGGCCUGUUCCGAAGGGCAUCUGGAAUGUGUAAAGUUUUUGCUUGAACAUUGUGGAGUUCCACAUGAUGCUAAAGACAGAUGGGGAAAUCGUCCGGUUGAUGAGGCUGAGACGUUCGGGCAUAACACGGUGGUAGAUUAUUUGAAAGAAUGGAAUGAGAAAGUGGAGAUGGCGAAAAAACUGACAAACGAUCCAGGGUAUAAUUCGGACCAAGAUAGUUCGAAGAGUGGAUCGUCCUGUUCGACGGAGAGCAAAUCCAAGCAUCCAACAGGCAUUUUGAACUAAGACAUCGAAUCUUAAAUAAACCUAUUGUAUCACUUCUUGAAGUUAUUGUAACGAAACUUCCCCAUACUGCCGCUCUACGCAUAAUUGGCCCAAUUAUAGUGAAUCACAUGGAGCAUAUGACAAAUAUGCGUACAACGGUAGUAUAGCACAUUGCAACACAGUCGAAUGAUAAUUAUUUGAACAAAUUACUGUCAAGGACAAUACUAUUAAUAAAACAUGAGACUGCUCCUUAUUUAUAGUAGGCUAAAUCAAUCAAUAACUAGAUAAUAAACUUGGCCAACUACUAUAA